AAGGCAAUACUGGAUCUCGUCCGCUCUUUACUGAUUUUCAGAGGCUGUGUUUGCGUAAAUUAAAGUUACGUAUAACCAAGGUGUAUAUGUUGCGAAACUUUUUUAGAUACUUUUAUUUUUUGUUUGUGCAUUUAAAAAAGUGUUUAACGUGAAAUGGCCAGUGUGGCGUCCCACUUCGUUUUCGGCCUGAGGCCAGGUAUUUCGAACAAUUUGUGUUUUGUUGACGAGCAAACGGUCCUCUUUCCCAGUGGAAGCAGCUGCGUGUGCCACAACAUUGUCCACGGAUCUCAAAGAUUCAUUCCAGGUUCGGAGAACAGUCAAGCCAUGCGUGCUAUGGCCAUCAGUCCCAGUUCCCGUUACUUGGCAGUGUCGGAGUGUGGAGAGAAGGCCGCCAUCACAGUGUUCGACCUGCAGCACGAGCAGGGCAGGAGGAGGAAAGUUCUAGCUUCAGACGAUAUCAUCCACAAAGAGUUUCUUUGCUUGGCUUUCUCCCCUGAUUCCAAAUUUCUAAUAAGCCAAACAGGAGCCCCAGAGUGGAUUUUGGUCCUUUGGUUGUGGGAAAAAAACAAGGUCCUGGCAACAGUGAAGACAACCACCUCUAAUAAUCCUAUUUCCAAAGUCAGCUUCAACCCUUAUAAUAAUAUGCAGCUGUGUGUGAGUGGACAUGGUGUGUUCAAGGUUUUCCGUUACUUAGAGGGAGCCUUAAAACAAAGCAGCUUUGCAAAGAUGGAGUCCAUCAACUUCCUGUGUCACACUUGGAUGUCAGAUGAGAGAGUCCUUGCUGGAACGGACACAGGCAGGCUGCUCGUGUGUGAGUCUGGGGAUCUGAGGAGAGAGAUCAAGAUGACCUCUGAAGUACUGCCGGGGCAGACUAACAGGCAGGUGGAGAUGAAGAGGAUCAAAGAUAGUGAUGUGAAUGAAAGGCUGGCUGAUUCUCCUAUAACCGCCAUCCUAUCCUACUCCAAGGGCUUUGUGUGUGUGACUGGCCCCGGCACUGUCUGCCUGUUUGACAGGACGGAGGAGGACUGCUACCAUAAAAGCAGGGAGAUUCGGAUCCUUUCAGAGCCAUGUGGCCAUGAUUUGACCACUGCAGAGAGCCAUAUUGACACCAUGUGCCUCAGUCCAGCAGAGGAGACUUUGGCCAUCAGUACGGACAGAAGACAGCUGUACAGUGUCAGCCUUUCAUCUGCUGCCAUAAGCAAGGAUGGACAGCUACAGUUUGAGUUCCUGUCCCAGCCUUUUCACUCCAGUUCCAUCACUGGUUUGUCCAUUUGUAUUCGCAAACCCAUUGUGGCCACCUGCUCUCUGGACCGCACUGUAAGGAUCUGGAACUAUGAGACAAAGGAGUUGGAGCUGUACAAGGAGUUCCAGGAGGAGGCACACAGCAUAGCUCUGCACCCCAUCGGCCUCUUCAUCCUGGUGGGCUUUUCAGACAAACUUCGGCUGAUGAACCUGGUUAUAGAUGACAUCCGUACCCUCAAGGAAUUCACAGUGCGUGGCUGCAGAGAGUGUGCUUUUAGUCAUGGAGGCCACAUGUUUGCAGCUGUCAAUGGAAACAUCAUUCACAUCUAUUCGUUCACUUCUUUUGAGAAUAUUCUCAAUCUGAAGGGCCACAAUGGGACGGUAAGUAGCAUUGAGUGGAGCCUGGAUGACAGCCGGCUGGUGUCCUGUGGGAUGGACGGCGCGGUCUAUGAAUGGAACACACAGACUGGCAAGCGUGAAUCUGAGAGUGUCAUCAAGGCUUGCAACUACACAGAUGUGGCUUUCUCUGCUGACUACAAAACUAUCCUGGCUGUGGGGUCAGACCUCACCCUGAGGGAGAUCCAAGGCGGUGAGGUCCUGAGGGAGGUCCCUGCUGAUGAAGUCGCUCACACUGCUCUCGCAGUAUCUCACUCUGGAAGGGUUGUCUUUACUGGAACCUCCGCUGGGACCAUUAGAUCCAUUAAAUACCCGUUACCUAUCAAGAAGGAAUGGAGCACACACCAGGCUCACUGUGGUCCUGUCACCAAGAUGGUGAUCACCUAUGAUGAUCAGUACCUACUCACAGUGUCUGAAGAAAGCUCCCUGUUGAUAUCGAAGAUCGUCGAUAAGGAAGGUCGAGGACUGAAGAGUAACAGGCAGAUCGUCCAUACUGAGGAGAUCCUUGUUACAAGGACAGACCUGGAAGAGAAGGCCCAGAACAUGCUUGAGUUGAAAAUGCGUCUUGAGGAACUCCAGAUGGAGAAUGAGUACCAACUCCGCCUGAAGGACAUGAGCUACAGCGAGAAGCUCAAGGAGCUGUGUGACAAGUUUAGCCAAGAAGUGGAGUCUCUGAAAAGAACACAACAGGUCAUGAAGACGGAAAUGGAAAUGAGUGAACGUGAGAAUCAAGAGAAAUAUGAAGAGGCGGCUGUGAAACAUUUAAAAGAACGGAGGGAUUUGGAACAAUCAUACAGCCAAAAACUCAUUGUGGAGCACGACAAGUACCAAGAGUUGCACCAAAAGCAUAGGACAAUGCUGGAGCACUACGAGAGGCAGCUGAAGUGUGCAGAGGAGAGCAGAGCCCAGGCUGAGGAGGCACUAACACAGCUGUACGAAUCCAAGCUGCUGGAGAAGACUCAGCUCCUGGCUCAGUGCCAGGAGGACACCAAACAGAAGGUUCUUGAACAGGAAGAGAUCACAAAGCAGAUGGAGGAAGAUGAGGAGAAGAUGAUCCAUGCCAUGCAAAUAAAGUACGAGAAGAAACUGCACUCUGAGAAGCAGAGCAACAUGAACCUGAAGGAAGAUGCUGCAAUCAUAACACAACAGUUAAACAUCCUGCAGAAACAGAUGGAUGAGAGUUCUUCUGAUAAGAACAAGAUGAAGCAGGAGCGGCAGAGUCUGCUGGGGCUGAUCCGCUCUCUGGAGGGGGACAUUGAGGACUUGAAGAGGCAGAUCUGUGGGCACGAGAAGACCAGCAGAGACAAGGAUAAGAGCAUUUCUGGUCUGAAAAAGAAGAACCAGGAACUGGAGAAGUUGAAGUUUGUGAUUGGAUGCCAGUUGGAAGAGUUAAAGAAGCAGAUUAUACCUCAGCAAGAGGACAUCAAUGAAAAGAAGAAGAGGAUCCAUCAGUUGGAGGAGGAGCUGGUGCAGAUCGACAAGAGCAACACUCAGCUAAAAUUCACCGUUUCAGAUCUGAGGCUCAAACUGAGGACCAGAGAUAAGGAGAUGCACAAGGAGAUACAGAGGGUGAAAGAUUUGGAGACGCUUCUUGGAAGACUCAAGUCAGACCUUCAUAAAUGCAUUGAAUUCAUUCAGGAGCCCAAAAAGCUGAAGGACAACGUUCAGCUGAUCUACAGCCGCUACAUCUCAAACAUGGGCAGUGUGGAGAAGAGCAGUGUGGAUGAUGAGAUUCAGAGAGCAUUCCGCUACCAGCGGGACCACCUGGAAAAGACUGUCAAUGGCCUGAAGAUGAAGCUGGCUAAAUCUGCAGAGGAGCACGAAAAGGUCUACGUCAAGAUCAUGAAGGAAAACAUGACCUUAAUCACCGAAAUUAACGGCCUGCGUAAGGAACUGCAAUCAGUGAGGGCUCAGGCUAAAGAUUACAAAGCUCAGCUUGUUGUCUUGAAGAAGUCCAACAAGUCACGCCCCGGCUCAGAGGAAUGACGGGGAAGGGUCAAAACACGAGGCGGUCAGCUGACCACCUAAACAGCCAGACCACAGAGAAGUGAACCCACACAUUCUGUUAGUGUCAAGAAGAAAGAAAGAAAGAAGAAAACGGGUUUCAUUUGAUGUGUUAAUCUACCAACAUUUGUGUUUGACUAUUUUAAAAUAAAGCCUUGUUUAAAUAAAAAUGGAGAAAAAUAACAGUC